CGAAAAUGGGUCAACUAAGUGACCAUCCAUUUUGAAAGUAAAAAUACACUUUGAUUCGAGUGUAUUCGGUGAUAAAAAUCUUACUAAAUUGUGAGAAAUAAAAGUUUUUGACCGGCAAGAGGAUUGAAAUGAAUUCACGAUAAAUAAUAAUAGCUGAAAGUUUGACUCAAUACAGUGUAAAUAUAAAAGAAGUUAAGUAAUGAAAGAAGAACGCGCGCGCGCUCUCUGGCCCAAACGGGCGGAAAUGCGUUGUUCUCCCGCAGCUAACGAGCUUGUGGUUGUGCAGGAAAGGAGUUAAAUGCGUCAAGAUCGAACUAGUCGACGGCAAACGCGAGACUGCGAGUGUAUCGGUAUAAAUCGAGCUGUCGAGCGGGUGGGAAGAGGGAUUUGGAUGGAUUCUAGGCGGCGAGGGACGCCAUUUUGAUAUACGGUCGUACGUCAAGGAACGCUGAGGUACGUUGGGUUCGUGCGGCGCUUUGGUCCGUAUACGAAUCACGAUCCAACCCCCCCGCGUGCUGUCUCACAGACUUACGAAUCGAGCUUUACCUCCGGCCGUCUUGAAAAACGAGGCCUGGAAAGUUUACUGAAAACCGAUUAACUUUGUUAUUUUUAUUAAAUCUGCUCAUGCUUUUUGGUGAUGUAGUCAUCUAUGUUGGCGUUAGCUUGGUGUGCGCGUGCGAACAAAAACUUCUCAACGAAGGAUUCGUAGCCAUCAUCGGAAAUAAAUCCAAUGAUGUAGGGUAGAGUGACAAGUGACAGGUGAAUCGAUUAGUAUUGACGACUAUUAAGGAGUUAAUAACUAGUGGCUAAUAAAACAAUUAAACAAAAAACUUGAACACCGAUCUUUUGAUAUAUUUUGUAGAGCGGCAAACAAGUUCAGUUUAUCGUAGUGGUUGUAGUAACAGUGAUGGUGAUCUGAAAAGUACCUCCCAAUGUCUUCAGAGUGGCUUUCAAAAGCUUAUCUGAGGCAAGGGAGCAGUGACUUGUGUAGAUGUAUACUCAUAAAAGGUGCCCAUGUGCGUCCGCCAAUUAUUUAUUGCCGUCGUUAGCUUCUCGUGGCUCACGAGUGAACUUCAAUUGGCACGAUAACGCGCGCCACGGCCAGAAAACAUGAACAUGGCCAAGAUCCUCAAUAAGGACCCAGUUACCUACGAGAGGGAGAGGCAAAAUUUUAUUAAAGAGUUACAACAUUUUCAUGAAACACGAGGAACAUCAUUUAAGAAAUGUCCAAAAAUUAGUGGCAAUGACAUAGAUUUAUACCUACUGUACGUUCUUGUAACUGCUCAUGGAGGAUGGAUCAAGGUCAAUACACGAAACGAAUGGGCUUCAUUAUGUGAACAAUUUCAUCUACCAGAUGGCUGCGUUAAUAGCGGAGUUGGUCUCAAGCAAAUUUACCUCCGAUACCUGGAUCGAUAUGAAAAGGUUCACUUCCUUGGAGAAGAUGGCCAACAAGCAGACGAUGAUGACGAAGAUUCAAGACAUAGAAAAUGGUCCGCCAGAUCACUUCAUUCAGUUCCAUUAACUUAUAAUCAUCAUCAACAUAAUGUAGCAGAAUCUCUUCGUGAAUAUAAUGGUCUGUCAGCAGACCUUUACAAGCCAUCAAAUUACGAUAAACUCAGCCUCUCAUUACUCUCACCUCUGCCCAAUGAACAAGACUUUGCGAUUAACGUCUGUACUCUACUAUCAAAUGAAGGAAAACAUACUCUUCGUUUAGACAAGUAUCCUCGUUUAAUUAAUAUUCUUCUAGCCCAUGCUGGAGUUUUUGAUUCACCAGGAACCCGGCAACUUUUUAUUGAAGUUUAUUCACGUGUAAGGAAUUACUCUAUUAACUCGUUUUGGUCUGAUGUUGUGGAUUCUCCAUCAGUCCUUGAUCUCACAGAUGAACGUUCAUUUAUGAAAAAGCCCUCCAGUUGUCCCAAUACAUUCUUACGUCGGAAAACUUUAGAAAAAGAACGAGGAAAGAAGCUAAAAGAAUCUAAAUCUGUUACUGAAGAUGCUGAACCAAUGGAAGUUGAUUCACCAGAAUGUGAAAGAUUGGAAAUACCACCAUUUUUUGAUGAAAAUUUAACAGAUCAAAAUCAGAAUUCAAUCAAAUUUGAAGAUGAGGACAAAGACUUAUUUUGCAUGGGUAGAACUUUAGGUACUCAAGAUCCUUAUGGUCAACGAGUAUUACAGAUAGCAUCAAUCUUGAGAAACUUAAGUUUUACAAGUGAAAAUGCUGCAGUGUUGGGUAGAAAUCGUUGUUUUCUAAGAUUUGUACUUCUAAGUGUAUGUGCGCGAUGGAGUAAUCUUCAUCAAUUAGGAUUUGACAUUCUUGGAAAUAUAGCAAACGAAAUAAUUCUUAAAGAAGCCGGGGAGAGGCUAAGCGAAGGUAUUCUUUCUUGUGUAAUAAAAGGAAUAGAGUCUGCUGAUCGGUUUAUUGCUAUUUCGUGUCUAGAGGUGUUAAAUAAACUUAGUCAACAGGACAGCAAUGAAGAAAUAGUAACAUUUGGACUUGAUGAUAAUGUUUACGAGUUAAUAUGCAGGUUUUUAGCACUUAGUGAUAUCGCAUUACUUGUUUAUACACUUGAGUGUUUAUAUGCAUUAACAUCAUUAGGUGAAAGACCGUGUACAAGUGUUGCUAAAGUUCGGGGUGCCAUUGAUACUCUCGUAGCACUUGUAACCGUGGAAGCACAAAGCUAUGGACCUAAAGCAUGUAUUUUGAUGAGAGUUGUUGAAACAGUGUCUACUGUACCUGCUUCUACAACAAACAGUGGUCAAACGUCUGUAUCCUCAACUGUGACUACUGCUUCUACUACAAAUGCAGUAGUUACAACACCUGUUGCAUCUUUAACAUCAACAACGACGACGGCGACUACGACAGCCACGACAACUAUGACAAUAUCAGCACCUGUUAGUCCUGUUACAUCACGACCAACUACACCAGCUGCUCCCGUAUCUAAAGCUGCAUCUAAUAAACUUGCUGAAGCAGCUAAUUCACUCCAACAACAGCAUGCUCAUCAACAGAUUAUUCAAGAAAAUGAACAGUUUGCUCUAGGGUGGUUAAGAGCUACUUUCGAGCUUGCUCCUGGUGUUAAAAUUGAACAAGAAGAAUUAUAUAAAAAGUAUCUUGGGUGCUGCACGAAAAUCGGAAGAAGAGGAGUCAUUGCACCACUUCAUUUUCCUAGAUGUGUUAGGUCUGUCUUCGGUGGUACUAUAGGACCAAAUCCUGCUAAAGGAGAAACCACUGGCACUCAAUACUACGAAGGGAUUAGAGUUCGAGCCACUCCUGCACCAGUAACUUAUCCGAGCCAAAAUGCUGUUGCAAUUAAUGCAGUUUCUUCAGCGGCAAUAACCACACCGCCAGUAAAGGUGCUUCCUGUUCAACAGCGUACAGUCACGCCCAUAAAUCCUGCACCUGACAGCACAGCCCUAGACAAAUCAUCCAAGUUUUCAGCAACACCCGCGUCCCCUAUACUAAAAGCCCAGUUGUCAGCCCCACCAAAACCAUCCCCAAAUCAACCCCACAAUCCAGCCACAAUCACCAAGGUUGACUCUAAAAGUCAGGUAUCAGUGGCACAUCCUCAUUUGAGCCAAGCAUUACUUGCAAGUGGCUCCCAACCCCAACAACAACAACAGCAACAGCAACAACCAACUCAGUUACAAGUUCAACAACAACAACAACCACCAACUCAAAUGCAAUCUCAUGUAAUUCAAGUAGUGACGAAGGAUGAUAAUCGAUCUGGAACAACAUCAAGUUCAAUAAUAAAAAGCCUUUUGGCUACAAAGGUAACCGUCAGCGGCGACUGCAUGCCCAGCGCCGCUGUGACUUGUGUGUCUCCCUCGAAUGCCUGCGUAACAAAUACUACUGUUAGCAUCGCAUCCAGCAUCAGUGCCAAUCAACUAAUAACCAGCAACCAGGUUGCACAGCGACAGCAGCAACAGAAACUGCUUCAACAACAGCUAUCUGGAGGAAAUCAAGUAAAUACGGUGAAUGUUAUGCCAGUAUCUACUAUAAUAUCGACACCCACAACCACUUCUGCACAAACGACUCUUCCUUUAAAAUCUCCAGCUAACUCAAAAUUGAAAAAUAUUACAACCUUAAAUGCUCCUGCCAAAAAAGUACAAAGGGUUAAUGGAGCUAAAAUUGUUGUAGCUAAUAAUUGUGACAAGACUGACACACCUGAUAGUGACAAUCAAUUAACGACAAUGAUGACUCCAACGAUGUCUGCAAUGACAGAAAACCACAUAAAUGCUGCUUCAAAAGUAUGUAAACCCCCACUAGGUACAGCAUCAGUUUCAAGUGUAAAACAAUCAAACAUAAGGCCAGUUUGUACUUCAUUUGGCGAAGACUCAGAUUCUACCAAUAAUUCUUUAGCUUCUAGUAGUGGAAUUGGCGGUAGUCGCGAUUGUCCAAAUGUUGGAAUCGAAGAAGAGAAUUCUUUAAUUAGUUUUGAAGGGAUUUUACAAAACGGAGCUUCGGGAAGUUUGGACAUUGAUCCUCAAGAGGAUGGAUCGUCAAAAGAUUCUUCUAGUUUGAGUUCUAAAGAUAAUAAACCAUUAGGAAGUUUGAUGUUGGCAGAUUUACUGGAAAGGAAGAUUGAAAAAGACCCAUUAGUUAAUGGAGUGAUUGGUAAAAAUUCUUCCAGAGAUAAGUGUUCAAAUUUAGUUGAAAAUCAUAUUAAUAAAGCGCUUAAAGAUUUACCAGACUCAUCAGUGAAAACGGAAUUAGAACCUGGACUUUCUGAUGAAACUUUAAUUGAAGCACCCAGAGGAAUUAAAAGAUCACCAAGUGAAUCUGAAGAGCCUACAAAAAAACCCAAGUAUUCUAAUGGUACUACAUCUCCAGAAGUCAGCGUUGAUGGUGCAACAGUAGAAUCUACUAUGUCUAGCUUAAAAUCUGAACCUGAGGAUUCAGAGGAUAAAGACAAUGAAAAAGUUACGGUGUCAUCAACGGCAGCUAAUUUAUAUGCAGCGCUCGCUGCUGAUUGUAUUGAAGAUGAGACAGACCUUGAUGAACCGAUUAAAGAAGAACCAGUAGUAAUCAAAGAAGAACCUCGAGCAUUUAUUAAUCAAAUUGAUUCUCAAAUUCAACAACAAGUGUCCGCACCAACUCAACAACUAAUUGUCACUGCACCACGACAAAUUGUUGUUCAACAAGCGAUUCAAGCUAAUAAUCAAGUUAUCAUUCCAACAACUCAGAUGAAGGCACGAGCAACUUCACAACCUCAGGUACUUCUUCAACAAAGUGCUGGAGGACAGCUUCAGUAUGUAGUGUCUGGUGGAGUUCCAGGUCAAAAUUAUGUUUUAGCACAAUCCCAGACUGCAUUAGUUCAGGGUCAAGCCCAAACAGUGCUUGUGGCACAAACUACUCAACAACAAGGCACUGGGGCGAAAACGAUUAUUAUACUCCAGCCUCAAUCUUCAAGUCAAACGAGUCCAAAAGUUGUCGCUAUGACUCCUCAAGGUCAACAAGUUGUUGUUACUCAAGUUCCCCGGCCAAUUAUUCAAAGUUCAGCUCUUGGAAAUAUCCCGCCACCUCUUGUUCCGACAUCUGCGGCUAUUCCGCAAGGAAUUAUUGUUAACAGUUCGAUAGCACAAAGUAACACGAAUACAGUGACUGUAACUAUUCCUGCAAUGGCCCAAGCAUGUCCAGUGACUAGUAGUGUUCCUUCUCGAGUUGUAACGCCAACACCCGCAUCAACACCUCCCCCAACAAGACCUACUACUCCCCAUCAAGUUGCUGCUACUCAUGCAGUUAGUGCUAAACAACCAGUUAAAGUAGUUAAAGCCACCAAUUCUAAUGUAACUACAUCAACUGAUAACGAUUCAAAAGCUUCAGUGAGUCAGUUAACUGGAGAUAAAACUAUAACGAUAAAGAUCGACCCGAAUGCUUAUUUAUGUGAGUGGCGGGGGUGUUUACGACAAUUUAAAUCUGCUCAUGAAGUUUAUCUCCAUGUUUGUGAAGCUCAUUGUCCGUCAGGAUCUGAUGAAAUUUUAUGUUUGUGGGCCAGUUGUGACGGAUUGAAGAGGAGGAGAUUUUCUUUAAUGACACAUCUUUAUGAUAAACAUUGCAAUUCAGAGAGCAUGGCUGCGAGAAGAAAACAAUUAACUGCCACUGGAAAAACUGAAGUUUCAACUUCUACUCCUCAGACAUCUCAUCACCCAGGUUAUGCACCAAAUGCUGCCUUUCAUGCAAUUAAAAGACAUGCUCUUGAAUUCGUUAAUCCGAAGGAAUUGAUGCAAAGGCCAAGCAAGCCGGCUGCUACUACCGUGAGUUCUUCUCCCCGACCUGGGCAAAAUCCUCCACCAGAGCAGGACGAUAAUGAAGGUCCUGUUACAAAAAGUAUUCGCCUUACGGCAGCUCUAAUUCUCAGAAACCUAGUCAUUUAUUCUGCCCAUGGAAGAAGGCAUCUUCGAGCAUAUGAACCUCACUUGGCCGGAGUAGCAUUGAGUAAUGUUGAAUCAUCGAGGACAAUUGCCCAAGUUCUCUAUGAUAUGAAUGAUCAGAGUAAUAAUAAUCGCAGGUGACCUUUUCAAUGAGGAUUUCAAUGCUAACAUUGCUGUUUGUUUCCACUUAAAUGAGCAUCGAUCAAUAUAAUUAUUAUUACUUGUAAUAUUACUAUUCCCACUACAAUUACAUUUACGUCUAUAAUUAAUGAAUCUACUAUAACUAAACUAUUGCAUUGCUACGUAUAGAGACAUGAAUUAAAUUUUUAAAAACAAUAAACGAAAAAGAAGAUUUUUUCCUUUAUGAGAAAUUUAAUCCAACAAACUGAGAUAACUCCUCCCUUCUUUAUUUAUUUAAAAAAUUCGACGCUCAAAUUAUAUAAAUAUAUAAAUAAAUAUAUUUACACAAUAAAUAACACUUCUUUUUCGAACUUCUACGUGAACACUAAGAAUACUGUAUAAGGGAUUCAAUAAUUUGGUACGAAAAAUAUUACAAAUGUGUGAAUGACAAACUUUUUUCAAAUUCAACAAUAACGAUUAAUAUACACAUACGAAGUGAGGCCUAUUAACUUAUUAGGCAACAUCUAAUUGCCAAGUUAGAUUUAAUGUAUAGAAUGAAUAAAAAAAAAUAAAAUUAAGCGUACAUAAAAUACAUGAAAUUUAAUCAGUAGAAUGAAAAAUGAACGUGACGUAGAUUAAUAUUCAAACUAAUGAAAUAGGAGGAAUGCGAGAUGAUACGGGUGGGACAAUUUAAUCGAGUAUUAAUUGAUAAGUUCAAUAUUACUUUAUAAAAUACGAUAUGAAAUGAAAGAGAUAAAGGAUAAAAUAAAAAGAAAAAGGUAAUGAUAGAUUUAAGAAAGAUAAAGAGACGAAAAAUAUUAAAUGAUUGAGAUAAUUGAAAUUUAAGGUUUAUAUUUAUUUUCUCAAUGAAAAAAAAAAAAUGUGGAAAUGAUAAUGAGUACAUAAAAGAUUACAUGAUUUUAGUAAAAGUGUACAAAAUAAAUGUGUUUAAGUAUACCAGUAAAAUGAUGAAAUAAUUUAUAAAUAAACAAGAUUAAAUCCGUGACAUAAAAUAAUAACAAAUGUAAUGUAUGACUUGCAAUGGAUUCAUCUGUCUUACAUGGAUUUAUGAUACAUGAUAUUUAUAUUCCACAACUCUGUAAAGUUAUCAUUAAUAUCAUUCAUUCAUUCAUUCAUUCAUUUAUUCAUAAUUAUUAUUAUUGUUAGUAUAUUAUCAAUACUAUUAUUUUAUGUAAAAUGUAUUUUUUUUUACUGUAUUGACUUUGAUAGCGCAUUGAUAUUAUUAUGAAUAUUAUUAGAAAUUUUAUUAUUAUGCAUCUUUUCUUUUUUCUAGUUUCUUUGCACUGUAUUAUGAAAGUGAGAUGUAAAAAUGCUAAAUGAAUGUUAUUGUAAUUCAAUUGAUAAGUAGUAAAAAAAAUUUAGUUCGGUUUAUGGUAAAUAGCGUAAAUUAUAAAUGGAAGACUCGGUAAGAAAUUGUUUUUGAAAUUAAAUAAUUUUUUUGAUAAUUUCCUAACUAUUUUUUUGAACAAUUUUGCAUGUAAAAAAUGAUUCUAAGGAAGGAAAAAAAUGAAAUUAUA